UUUCAGUUUUAUCAUCUCACCCUUUCCGUUUCGUUUCUCUCUCUAGACUCUUUGAAAGGACGACGGAAAGAGAAAGAGAAAGAGAGAGGAAGACGAGAGAGAUGGAUCCAGACGCAGUAGCGAAGGCUUUCGUGGAGCACUACUACACCACCUUCGAUUCGAAUCGUGGAGGAUUGGUCUCUCUUUACCAAGAAGGAUCCAUGCUGACCUUCGAAGGGCAGAAGAUCCAGGGCUCUCAGAACAUCGUCGCCAAGCUCACCAGCCUUCCUUUCCAGCAGUGCAAGCACAACAUCACCACCGUCGAUUGCCAGCCCUCUGGUCCCGCCGCCGGCAUGCUCGUCUUUGUCUCCGGUAAUCUUCAGCUCGCGGGCGAACAGCACGCUCUCAAGUUCAGCCAGAUGUUCCAUUUGGUAUCGAAUCAGGGAAACUACUACGUGUUCAACGACAUAUUCAGGUUGAACUAUGCCUGAGGUAUCUAGUUGCAGAGACUGAUGGAUGUUUGGUGGGUUAAUUCAUCUUGGUUUUUAGUAGAAUUGAAGCUUGUUUUGCUGUCUGUCUUUACUUUAAUCAAUGGAGAGCUCUUUGUUAAGUUUGGUUGAGAUAACUCUGUAUGAUUCAGCCAGCGGUUAUAAUCAAUUAUUACAAUGAAAAUGUCUAUUUGAAAUAUGGUUUUCUCUUGGAACUC